GCCAUUAAAGUACUGUUCAGAGUACAUUUCGCGUUCAGCGUCUUCCCUAAUGCGGCGCGAAACUUGUUCAAACAGACCGCAAUUUUAAUCGUAUUUCAUAUGGUCUUGUUUCAACCAGCUGGGUAGGUGCUAUCGUCGGUUCCUUGCCCAUGGUGUAGAAUAGACUUGCAAUGGUCACGCCUGCUGUACUCUGUAACUCUGGAGUGAAGCUCUUUCCAUCUCCAGACACUGAUAAGCUUAUCGUCAGGUGGUAUCACAUGACUUUGGAGCUCCCCCACUUCUUGGUAGGUGACAGUGAACAAGUCCAAGAAUCUUUGGACUUUGGAAGGAGCCAUCAAUAUCCGCUGAAAGCUUCAAUGGAGUGAACUUCCCAAGUAUAAAGUGUGGUAAAUAUAUAUUUUUUAUCCACUAAUCCCAUCCGCCUCUGUCUUAACACUGGAGUUCGUUUUCCGUAUAGCACAAGACCGACGCUAUGGCACCGCCAUACAUACCUAUUGCUGAAAUCCCAACUGUAUCGUUACUAUACAAGCUCAAGCGCCUGGGUCCUCAUCCACAGCCGCUCAAGACGCCCUCAAAACCACUCAAUGAUAUAAUAUCACUAAUCCGAAAUGACAUAACGAAGCUCGAGGGCAUUGACUGCAUCGUCAAUGCAGCUAAUGAACGGCUUCUCGGCGGCGGCGGCGUUGAUGGCGCAAUCCAUCGAGCUGCUGGCCGCGGCUUACUGGAAGAGUGCCGGACACUCAAUGGCUGUGAUACUGGCGAUGCCAAAAUAACAGAUGCAUACAAUCUUCCCUAUAAACGGGUGAUUCACGCUGUGGGCCCUAUAUACCAUUAUGAAAGGCGCGUCAGUGAGGGUGGACCGGAGGCUUUGUUGCGGGGUUGCUACCGUCGCAGCCUUGAGUUAGCUAUCGAGAACAACAUGAAGAGCAUUGCUUUCGCGGCAAUUAGUACGGGUGUGUACGGGUAUCCGCCCCGGGAGGCAGCUAGGACUGCCCUUGACGAGACACGCCAGUUUUUGGAACAGGAGAGCAAUAUCGGGAGCCUAGAACGGGUCAUUUUCUGUAAUUUUGAGUUCAAAGAUGAGAGGGCUUAUGAGGAGUUUAUUCCGCUUCUUUUCCCUCCUGCAGAACAGCCCCAGAGUACAGGAGACGGAGACGAUCAAAGUGCAUCUCCACCUCCUGAGGUCCUGGCUGCGUCGCUUCCUGACCCGCCGACGCGAGAGCCCACUUUAGCAGGUCAACCAGAAAGCAAGAAACAGAAACUCAGUUCAUCUGAUGCAGGGACCCAGACCGCACAUAUCCCUGCAUUUUCCGAAGAGAAGAGUGAAGAUGAGUGGGAAGAAGUCCAUAAACCCGAUGCUGGUCGUACGAACACGCUAGACGACGAGCCCGUCGAAAUUGAUCAACCUUCCUCAGACAUCGAUGUUCAGAGUGUACAGUCAAGCGGGAUUAUGGACGAUAUGGUCCACUCUCAAUCGACGGAUAGUCACUGGGGGAAAGACUAAUAAUACUUACUAUUUGUUGAUUUUGACGUCGCGAGUCGAUAGUCAAUCUCGUAUGGCGUUGGCGUUGCUUCUUGAUGUUUUGGGUUAGGUAUUUGUAUCAAGCGCUGCAAAUCAACUGCAAAUCUUUAUUGUGAAAUAUAUAUCUGAACUUUAAUUAUUUAACCUGCAGUAAAUGCCGAGGCUUGUGAUAUACUAUUACCAAGGAGGGAAAGGGUGCAAACAGUACAAACAAGCUAUAUCAGAUCAUUCG